ACUCCAAGAAGGGCCCGGCGCGCUGCCUCCCGGCGUUUCUCUGGGGGCGGGGCCUGGAGGUCGUCGCCGUCACCGAGGAGAGCGCAGUUGGGCGCUUCUGACAGACUGACGGACAGACGGACUGACAGACGGUCAUGGCGGUCUCCCUGUUGGUCCGGAGCUGCGGCCGGGUGAGCCGAGCUUUCUGUUCCCGGGGCUGGAGACGGCUGCACACCGUCUAUCAGUCUGCAGAGCUGCCUGAGACCCACCAGAUGCUUCGCCAAACCUGCCAAGACUUUGCCGAGAAGGAGCUGGCCCCUAUUGCUGGACAGCUGGAUAAGGAGCACUGCUUUCCUGGUGCUCAGGUGAAGAAGAUGGGCGCCCUGGGGCUGCUGGCUAUGGACGUGCCCGAGGAGUUCAAUGGCGCGGGCCUUGACUACCUGGCCUAUGCGGUGGCUUUGGAGGAGAUCAGCCGCGGCUGCGCCUCCACGGGCGUCAUCAUGAGCGUCAACAACUCUCUCUAUCUGGGGCCAAUCCUUAAGUUUGGGUCCCAAGAGCAGAAGCAGCGCUGGAUCUCGCCCUUUACCAGCGGUGACAAAAUUGGCUGCUUUGCUCUCAGUGAACCAGGGAACGGCAGUGACGCCGGGGCCGCCUCUACCACUGCCCGACUGGAGGGGGAUUCGUGGGUGCUGAACGGCACCAAGGCCUGGAUCACCAACGCCUGGGAAGCCUCCGCGGCCGUGGUCUUCGCCACCGCGGACAAGGCCUUGAAACACAGGGGCAUCACGGCCUUCCUGGUCCCCAUGCCCACGCCCGGGCUCUCUCUGGGGAAGAAGGAAGAUAAGAUGGGCAUCCGCGCCUCCUCCACUGCCAACCUCAUCUUUGAGGACUGUCGCAUUCCCAAGGAGAACGUGCUGGGCGAGAUGGGCAUGGGCUUCAAGAUUGCCAUGCAAACCCUGGACAUGGGCCGGAUCGGCAUCGCCGCCCAGGCCCUGGGCAUUGCCCAGGCCUCCUUGGACUGUGCCGUGGACUACGCUGAGAAGCGCAUGGCCUUCGGCUCCCCUCUCACCAAGCUACAGAACAUCCAGUUCAAGUUGGCGGACAUGGCCCUGGCCCUGGAGAGCGCCCGGCUGCUGACCUGGCGGGCUGCCAUGCUCAAGGACAACCGGAAGCCCUACAGCAAGGAGGCUGCGAUGGCCAAGCUGGCGGCGUCCGAGUCCGCCACGAGGAUCGCCCACCAGGCCAUUCAGAUCCUGGGCGGGAUGGGCUACGUGACCGAGAUGCCCGCCGAGCGCCAUUAUCGCGAUGCUCGGAUCACGGAGAUCUACGAGGGCACCAGCGAGAUCCAGCGGCUGGUGAUCGCCGGGCACCUGCUGAAGAGCUACCGGAGCUGAGCCAUCGCCUCGGGCUGGGGGCUCUCACCAGGAGGCCUCUGGGGGUGGCGCUUCCUCCAGAACCAGGCUGCCUGGCAGCCGGCUUCUGCAUCUGGGCCGGGGCCGGCCCUCUGGGGAAGAGAAAGGGCCCUUGGUGGACUUGGCCCAUCCCCCGGCCCCAUCCCACCCUGGCUGGGCGUGCUCGGUCUCCUCAGGGAAGCAUGUGGGUGCUGGGAGCCCCCGGGGUGGGUGGGGGGCUCUGAACAGGCUCCCGGUGCCUUCAGCAAGAAAUACUGCGUCCCGCAGUGACACGGAGGGGCUGGACAUGGACGCCUUACUCUUGCCCUCACCUUGUGCCUGAGCUCUGGGCCCCGAGGAGCUCGCAGGGAUCCCCCCGACCCCCUAGGGAGGCGUGGGGGAGACGGAGACGAAGCUCGAGGAGGAUCUGUCCAUUUGGACGUCCGGCCGCUGGCCUUUGGGCAACACAGACUGAAGGGAAGGACGGACCCUGGGGAGGGGGAAAUCAUGUGACUAAUGAUUAUGGAGGGAGUGGGGCUUGUGUCUUAAAUUAGAAGCAGAUGAUAUAAUAAACAUGUCACCAGCUCCAGCUUUAAAACAAA